CUCGCUCCCAUUGUCUCUUGAAAGUCGAACGCGAGCGGAAAAAAGGAGCAAGAGAGAGGAUCAGGGGAGAAACGAAGAGGAUUCAAUGAAAGAUGGCCUCUAUGUGUGGCAGCAGCAAAAGUUACCCGGCGAUAAACACCGGCAGCUACUACAGACCCGGUGCUUAUCCUUAUCAGAACGAUUAUUAUCUACCACCACGCUCAACAUGGUCCAGAGUUUCACCACAACAAACGAAAAAACAAAGGGGCAGCACUACAUGGAAAGUCGGUAGUGCGAUGUUAAUUGUCUCCGCUAUGUUAGUAUUAAUUGCUGUCUUCGCAAUUGCAGGAUUGGCGUUAUGGAUGGGAGCUCUUCGAACAGAUUCCAAAAAUGCGAUCGUUGGGUUCUCCUGUACUUUCAGGGUGGCUAAGGGUGAGAAAUAUAAUCCAAUGUUGAAGUUAAACACUAGUAUGGUAUUCCGCGAAAAGGAACGUAAAUACAAGAAUAUAUUUGAACUAUUAUUUAGAAGAAGCGUAUUAGGCAUCGCUUAUAAGCAGACGAUCAUAGACAAAUUCGAAAGUGGUAUUUUGAAGGUGUUCUUCAGGAUAUAUCUAGACAGAAGAAAGAUACCACGAUCGAUCACGAACGUCGAGGACACGAUCGAAGAUAUUAUCGCGAAGGAGACGUACUCAUCGUCCUCCUUGUUCAAGGAUAUGGAACUAGACCUCACUAGUAUAUCAGUAAAAAGAAUUAGUCAAGAGGUAUCAGCGAGUCAGAAGCAAGCCCAACAAAAGAAUGCAAUGAUCACGAAGAACGGUCUGCUUCGACCCAAUAGAAACAGCUCCUUAAUCACGAGUUCGAAAUCAAAAUCCAAACCGACUAAGGUCGAAUCCACCGAGCCUGACAUCGAUUUCAGUAAUAUACCAACAAUUCAGGGAACGUACAAAGCCACAAAGGUGAAUGUUACUUCUCCAAAUAGAUUGAACUCUACUCAGGAAAUUAAUAAAGUUCAAUCCGAACCAAGAAAUAAUACCAAAGUAAACUUACCUCAAGAACAGACCACAAGUAAACCGACCACUAUACAAGACAUCACCGAGUCAACUCAAAGUAUCACGUACACAACGAGCAAAUUGAAAGAAAAAGUUAAUUACACCGUACACGAUGAAUCGUCCGGUGAUACAUAUUCUGAGUCUGCCAAGAUAGACGCUACGUCUACGACUUCUACGACCCAAGUCGAAAAUGAAGAUCUCUUUAAGGAUUUCCACAAGCCUGACUUCGAAACGUCACCAUGGAAACCAAUUAUACCAUCUUACAUUAACACGGAAUUAAAAUUAUUGCCAGAUAAUGUUGAAAAAACAACAAAAACGAAUUACAAAGUGAAUUACAGUAAUACCAAUCAAGAAGACAUUCAUAACACAACCGAGAGAACUCUCCAAUAUAGUGUUCAAGGAAAAAUUCCUGAAUUACCAGCAUCUAACACAAAAUCUCCUGAAUCAUCAGAGAUGUUGAAUUCAUAUUUAGACGUUCCAGGGAUGAGCACCUUUGAUAUUGGAGACACUGAUUUUCCACGAGAUAGGAUUGUUCCUCAGGAAAUGGUGAAUUUUAGAGUAAAUGGGAAGUUUAAAAAUAAAAUUCCAGGAUUAUUGGAAGAUGGGCAGAUCUUUACAGAAACCUCACCAGUUCAGUUAGACAAUAAAAGGCCGGACAUAGAAGUUUCUGGCCAGUUACCAUCCGAAACUUAUGACAUCAGGCUUCGAACUUCUUCGCAACCUCUUGGGCUUUCUUCUUCCCAGCCCAUGGAAUUUUCUCCCACGAAACCCCAUCGGUCGACGAAUGAAAACGAAACAGGUUGGAGAGUUCCUGGGUCGCAGAUCACGUACACAGUAACAGACAGUAGGUACAAGGAUACUGUCGGCAAACAAAGUGACAAUGUUAGGAAUUCUGGCGAUUCUAUUAAAAUGAAUAAAAAGAGGGUAGAUCAAAGCAAUUUAAGAAACAAGGAGAGUUCUGAAAAUUUUUUACCUUCAGUAGGAUCCAGUACCCCUCGGUGGCACGUACAGAAGCCAGUUCAGUCAGAUUCCGACGAGGAAUCAACGACUAAGGUGUCAGGAGUAGGAGUAGCAGAGCCAAUUCCGGAUGUGGACAUUGAACUGGAACCGAGGAAUCGUUAUUCUGACAUCCAAGCUAUAGUCAAACAAAAUAACGCACUGCAAGAUAGAAAAGUCGAUAAAAAUGUGCAACAACCGGUGUACACCAGCUACAAAACACCAGAUUUAAAUGGAGCCGUAAUGAGGCCAAGUUUAAUCGAGAGCUCCGGUACUCUGAAACCGUUUAGACAUACGAUACCUGUAGACAAAAUUACAUCCGUCGUUAAUUACAGCAAGGAUGAUAAACAAGAGUCGUUGAAGCAGGAAAUUAACACCGUGACAGACAGCAUAAUCAAUCAAGAAGAAAAAUUCACCGAGGUUAGUCGAUUAAGCACAGUCUCAGAGAGCAAAGAGGGUAAAGAAAAAGAGGCACUUAAGGUUUUGCCAGAAAAUUUGAAGGAGAUCAUUGAACUAGAAACUUUUGUGAAAAAGCAAAACAACGAUUCUGAAACAAAUGACCCAACAAAAGAUGCAAAAAUCGAAUCAUCUGAACAUGUAAGACCAACUGAAUCGAAUAUCGAGAGCGUAAUAGAUGAUGAUAAGCUUCUAAAGUUAAGCACAACGGAAGUUUAUUCAGAAAUGAUACAUCCCUUGUAUAAUAACAUAGAUAAAUUAGUUGUAAGAAAAGAAGGAAAUAAGGAGACACCACCAGGAAGGUUAACAUCCAAUAUUUCUAGGAAUUCUACUUUUAUCGAAAUCGACACAUUGAAACACACCCCUGGUGAAGUCGAAGAAGAUUUCAGUUCGUCAGAGAAUAUAUCACCAACGAAAAUCGGAGGGGAUAAUUGGCUUUUUAAUGGGACUGUAAAUCGUCCAUAUAAUUCCUUUGAAACUAGGAAGAAGAUUUAUAACGAUACCCUGAAAGCUUAUGUGGUGGAAAAUUUGGUCACACUAGCGCCUGUUAAGAGUAACACAGGUAUCGGUAGACCCAUAAGACCAAGACCCAAGAUUGAUCGGGAGAAAACGAUGAGGAUCGACGAUAAAUCCAGCAAUCGGACGUCUUCCGACAAUACAGUCCUAUUGGAACAAUUAUUUGGCGUACCCAGUCGCGACAGAAAUACCACGAAACGAAAUUCAUCCAACCAUCAAGACCCCAUGAAUCUCGAGACAAAUGAAGAAGAGGACUCAAACAUAAAUCAUCCUAGAGUAGAACAAAUAGUAGAAGUUGUGACAUCGAUCAGUACUAAGGUGUCCUCGAACUUCAAAGGGAAUCCUGUUAUAUUAAAAUUCGUGGUCACCAAUUCCACCUCUCUUCCUGUGAUACACUCCGAAUCCCAUGCAGAAGUGUCUACCUCGCAAAUAUCAGUACCCGAGGAAUUUGUCAUUGACAAUAACAAAGAAGAAAACAGGUCGUUCAGAGACCAAGUCUCAAACAAGGGAACAUCGGUAUGGACUGAGAAGACUCCAUCUUUAACAGCUACAGACGUACAGACAUCAGAUAGGAAAAUCUCCACAUUAGAAGAGAAUAGAUUUCUUUUAGAAAAACUCAAGCAAUUCGCUGAAAUAGGUACAGUAAACGAGCCUGUAAAAAGUAAGAAUAGCUCUAGACCAGGGAUGUUACAAUCUCAUGUAGCUAAUGUAAAAUCUAAGGAAGACUAUCGACCUUUGCCUGACUUCGAGAAACUGAAACAAAUAGCUGAUAUCGCGACAGGAAACGAAACUCUGAUGAACUCCAGCGCGGGAUUCACAAUGACUCGUGAUGGCGUUGAAAUAUUCACCAAAAUUUUAAAUAAGAUGGAGGACCGUACUGACAAGAUGAUUUCAACUACUGAAGAGAAUUUGGAAACUGAUCGUUGUUUCGGUUUCCUGUGCAAGGAUGGAAAAUGCUUGCCUUCCAGCGGCAGAUGCAACAUGUUAGGUGAAUGCCCGAAUUCAGAGGACGAAGCAAACUGUACGUGCGCCGAUUUCUUAAAGACACAGCUUUUACAUCAGAAGAUUUGCGACGGUGUGGCGGAUUGUUGGGAUUAUUCAGACGAAACAGACUGUGAUUGGUGCGAAGAUGGUCAGUUUGUUUGCGGCAACAGCCGGUCCUGCAUAAACCAAGAUAAAGUUUGCAAUGGUUAUACCGACUGUCCAGGAGGGGAGGACGAGAAGAAAUGCGCGGCACUGAUAGAAGACGAUUCAGCAUUAAAUUACGAAGAAACGAGUACCUUCGCUAAGGACGAGAAUAAUUCUGAGACCAGCGUAACUGAAGACGAACAUCCAUCAUCUCAAGGACACUUUUCAGAAAUAGAAUCCACCACUAACAAGGACAUCCUUUAUGAUCAAGAAGCAGUGGAAUCUUCCAUCUCAGAAUCAACUACUUUGCACGCAUUCAAAGAUGAUAUUCAAUUAGAAAAAAUUAUAAGUAUCAAACAUGAACCUGUGAUUAAGGAGGAAAUUAACGCUACAACUCUGGUUUCUGGAAGAGAGAUAUCAUCAAACGCGAAAGACAUUUUAGCACAAGGAAAUUCAAUCCAUGUAAAUUCGAAAAACAACGACAAAACAUCGAUAGUUAAUUUAAAGAAAGAGAUCAACAAUUACAACGAAAGGGGUUAUUUAAAUAUCCGAAAAAAUGGAAAAUGGGGAAAAUUGUGUCUAAAUGAAAUGGAUGACCUACUGCAAGAAAGACAAGCUGCUUGGACCAUCGAAGACCUCGGUAGAGCAGUUUGCAAAGCGAUUACAUAUCAGGAUUACGAAACCGUGGAAAAAGUAUUAGACGAAAAUCCAACAUCUAUGAGAUCGUAUUACACUUUGUCAUAUAACGAGAAACCCUUGGAUAAGACGAUACUAACUUUCAAACCUUCUGAGUGCCCAAGUGGCGAGAUUCUCAGGGUCAAGUGCAAGAACCUUGAGUGCGGAAUAAGAACGCAGGCACCGUCCCAGGCCAGGAUAGUAGGAGGUGGUAGUUCUUCAGCUGGAAGCUGGCCAUGGCAAGUAGCUUUAUACAAGGAAGGUGAUUAUCAAUGUGGUGGAGCUCUUAUCAACGAAAGAUGGAUUUUAUCUGCAGCACAUUGCUUUUAUCAUGCUCAAGACGAGUAUUGGGUCGCGAGAAUCGGAGCGACUCGUAGGGGAAGCUUUCCCAGUCCAUAUGAACAAGUAUUGCGUUUGGAUCACAUAUCCCUCCAUCCUGAUUACAUCGACAAUGGAUUCAUAAACGACAUAGCGAUGCUAAGGCUUGAAGAACCAGUAACUUUUAGCGAUUACGUUCGACCAGUAUGCCUACCAGAGUCGGAACCAAAAAGUGGAACCAUGUGCACAGUGACUGGUUGGGGACAGUUAUUUGAAAUCGGAAGAAUAUUUCCGGAUACUUUGCAAGAAGUACAACUGCCUGUUAUUUCAACGGAGGAGUGUCGAAGAAAAACUCUGUUCCUUCCAUUAUAUAGGAUUACAUCUGGUAUGCUUUGUGCAGGAUUGAAGGAUGGUGGGAGAGACGCUUGCUUAGGAGACAGUGGUGGACCUUUGGUUUGCUCAGGAUCAGACAAGUACACCCUUCACGGCAUCACUUCUAAUGGUUAUGGUUGUGCCAGACCUGGAAGACCUGGAGUCUACACAAAAGUAUAUCACUAUCUUCCGUGGGUCGAAUAUGUGAUCUCAAGAGAAGAUAUUCGAUCCUCGAUAGCUUCCUGCAAAGGUCAUCGAUGUCCACUUGGCGAGUGUUUACCGAAAUCCAGAAUAUGCAAUGGGUUCUUGGAAUGUUCGGACGGUAGUGAUGAACGUAAUUGCCCUGUUAAUUUGUAG